UUGAAUUGGAUGCGCGGCAAAUCAGUAGGCCUGUUCUCCACGGCGCAGGAUGUGGGCUGGAGAAGAGGCCAAGGCACGAGCGGCCCGUGACGGCGACGUGGUGUCAAGUGUAAUUUGCUGGCCAAUAGAGUGCUCCAGGUGCAGGGGCUACAGAGUGGCGUCACUGUCCGCGCGAACAUAACAACGGUGGAGAUGAUGGAGAGCAAGCAGAGCCAGGUGCUGAACCUUGAGCGGGUGCAGGAGCUGGAAACCUGGCUGAAAACAACAAAUACAAAGCUGAUUCAAGUUAACGGCCAGAGGAAGUAUGGAGGACCACCUGAGGUGUGGGAUGGCCCUACCCCAGGAGCCCGCUGUGAGGUUUUCAUCAGCCAGAUCCCACGGGAUGCCUACGAAGAUCUGUUGAUACCCCUGUUCAGCUCUGCGGGGCCACUCUGGGAGUUCCGGCUCAUGAUGAACUUCAGCGGCCAGAACCGCGGUUUUGCCUACGCCAAAUACGGCUCGCCAACUGUAGCUACAGACGCCAUCCGCCUGCUGCACGGUCACAUGCUGCAACCAGGCUUCCGCCUCAGUGUCCGCCGCAGCACAGAGAAGAGACACCUCUGUAUGGGAGACCUGCCAGCCGCCACCAGGCAAGAGGACCUGCUGCAGGUGCUGCGUGUACUGACAGAGGGGGUGGAGAGAGUGUCUCUGAAGGCUGGGCCUGGUAUAGAGGGGGUGUCUGCUAUAGUCGCCUUCUCAUCCCACCACGCUGCUUCUAUGGCCAAGAAGGUGCUGGUGGAAGAAUUCAAGAAGCAGUUUGCUUUGACCAUCUCAAUCAAGUGGCAGUCAACAGUGAGGCCGAGCCCGGACGAGCCACUACCUCCAAAGAAACCUUCAAAGAUCCUCCUGCCAUCCCCCCUGAAGCUGCCGCGCCACAUCCUGAACUCUCCACAGCCCUUUGUCCUGCCUCCUCGCCUGGCCCGUCCUCCAUCUGUCCCUCCGGGUUUCUGCAGAGCAGUGGGAGGACCCACUGCCCCCCAGCACCCUCCCCCUCCCAGCUCCUCCACCAUCUCCUCUUCCUCCCAGGGGCAUCCAGUGUCUACAGCAUCCUCAGCAUCCCCUGUGAGGCUGCUGCGUAAGAUGUGUGAGGCGAUUCGGGUUGGCCAGCCGCUCUAUGAGAUGCACUACAGCCACGCUGGGCCUGAUGGAUUCCUCUACUUUACCUAUAACGUGUGUAUCCCCGGGAUAACUACAGCCUUCAAAGGGCUGGUUAUGAUCUUGCCGGGACCCACUGACACCACCAUGCUGGAGGAAGCUCAGCGGGCUGCAGCCCAGCAGGUCCUGCAGAGGGUGUACAAUAACCAGCUCGCCCACUGACAAGCUUAUCAGAUAGUAUA